AUGAAUAUAAUUAGAACUACCCAAACAUUAAAUGCUCAAUCAAAGCAAUUGUUUAGGUCUUAUUCAUCACUUACACCAUCACAACAUCUUCCAAAGAAACUUAAUUUCCCAAUAAAAAACAAAUUUCAUCCAGUAGAUUCUAUUAAAGCAGUAAAUAAAACACGUCAUUCAAUAUUUAAAGCAAGAAAAUCAUUAGAUAGAGGUUUAUUAAAAAAAGCAGAAGAUUUGCUGUGUCAUCUAAAAAUUGAUUUAGCAUCAUCAUUAUAUGCAUAUCCAACAUAUGCACUUGGAUUAGUUUCAUUAAAAAAAGGUUAUUAUUCGACUAGUGAAGAUCUUUUAAGAGAUUCUUUGAGAAGAAGUGAAGCAAUCGAUAACAUUAGUAAAAAUGUUAGAAAGAAUAUGAUAGAGUCUACAAAUGAUUUAGGUUUAGCAUUAUUAAGACAAGGUGACUAUGGAAAAUCUUUUUCAAAUUUCUCUAAAGCAGAAGAAAUGGUCAAAGAAGAAAUGCUUAACGAUAAUAUUGAUCUUUACUUUUUACUUCCAGCAAUUUACUCAAAUAUUGGCGAAUAUUAUAGAGAAUUUCAUUGUUAUGAUACAUCGAUUGAGUUUCAUGCAAGAGCACAUAAUUGUUUAUUAGCAUUUCCAGAAGAACAAUUAAAUUUAGCAAGAUGUCUCCUUAAUAGAGGACAAUUAUAUAGAAUAUCCAAUCAAAUCGAGGUAGGCAAAGAGUUUUUAGAUGCUGGUCAAAAGAAAUUGAUAAGUUAUUUGAACUCUAUAGACUCAAGACCAACACCAAAUCAUAUGGAUUGGUCAAAAUUUUUAAUGGAGUAUGGACAUUAUUAUUUCAGUAUAGGUAAUAUUGAAAAAGCUAGAAAAAAGUUUACCUCUGCAAAAGAUCAUUUCAUAUCAAUGGAUAAUUCAGAAACACCAGAUGCAAUUAUAAACAUGAUCAAUCUCGCCAUCAUUGAAAAAAAUUUCCCAACCUUACCAUCAGCUCAAUCCGACACUUACAUCUCUGAAAUUUUAGCUUCCAUUCAAUCACCACUUCACAAAUUAAAGAAUCAAAGAUUCAAUUUAGAUUCAUAUGAAAUAGAUUCAGCAAUUCAAAGUUUAGUGAAUGAUCCAAUUCAAACAACAACAACUACAACAACUACAACAACACCAAAUCACAAUAACAAUACUAAAGCGGCAUCCAAAAAUACUAACAUCACUUUUAAACCAGAAAUCACUUUUAAACCAGAACCAAGUAAAGUGAAAUUAGUUGAACCACUUGCAUUCCAAUUAAUGUUUAUUGAAUCUCAAACUCAACCAAGCUUCGGGUUAAAAUAUUAA